AUGUCCGUCUCCUCCCCCGCCGAGCUGCCCAACGGCCCGUCCUCUGGCUCGACCUCCAGCGGCGAGUCCGACCUCGACCAGGCAAAUCCCUCACGCCGCGACUCCGAACUCGACGACGAGGACUUCAGCCCGCCCAUCGUCACCACGCCCCUCCACGACCCCAGCCUGCCAUGGCCCGGCCCACGAUUCCAACGUCCGAGCCUGUCCGCCGCCGCCGCCGCCGCCGCAGUCGACGGACCCGCCUCCACUCCUGCAACCCCAGGCCCCGGACGCGCCCAGCGUCCAGCAGCCAUCCGCACGCCCUCCAACGCAUACAACCCAGCCCGCCGCCCCGCCCAGUUCACUCUCAAGACGCGCACCUCGUCGUCCUCGACGCGCAUGCGCCGCAACCCAAACGCCGAGUACCGCGCGCAAGAAAAGGCCUACGUGCAGCGCCUCCGUCAGGACGCGCCCGAGGACGACUUCUUUGGCGCCGACGUGCGCACGCCCAGUCUCGACUACAGCACCGGCUCCGAGACGGACGAGAGCCCGAGCACGGCCGACUACAUUGACAAUGACCCCUACGACCAGGAGACGCUGCUGUACUAUGGCAACGACGACAUGCAGCCGUCGGUGGAGGAGCUGAAGAUCCCCGCCAACAGGGAGCGGCUGGAGUGGCACUCGAUGCUGGCCAGUGUGCUGACGGGCGAUGUCGUCAAGCAGGAGAAGAAGCGGCUGAUUGGCAGCGGAGACGCCGCCGCCGACGCGAAUCGCAAUGCCGAGAUCUGGCUCGGCAUACGGGCUAGAGUGUGUGGCCGGACCUUGCAGGCGCAGCGCCGGAUGGUCGAGGACGGGCGGGAAAAGGCGAAAAACACGAUUGAGAGCCUGAUCUCGUUCGAGGUUGCCGGCGAGGCCGAGGCGGGCAAGUCUGCGGCCGGCCAGGUCAAGGAUGUCGUGAGCAAGAUUGAGAAGAUUGAGAAUCUGUAUCCGACGAGGAAAGAGAUGGAGUCGGCCAAUCCCAGGGCUGCCUCGGCGCAGUUUAGGGAGACGUGUGAUGCCGUCAUUGCGUGGCACAACACCACCCAGCUCAUCAACACCGAGCUCAUGAUCCUGAAGAACUGGGUCGGCAAUGAGGAGCUCGACUUUACCAAGGCACACGUCCGAUCGCCGACCGACAGUCAUCUGGCUGACGACUCCUCGUUCGUGGACAGGAUACUGAAAGAGGACGGCUUGAAGUCGCUGAUGCUCGACAACGGCCUGCUCGCCGGACUGCACGAGGCGAUCAAGAAGGCCAAGGAGACAUUCAUUGCAAACGCGCAGGCCUUUUCCGACCGACACCUCCCGCCCUUUAUCGAAGAGCUCCUCACGCUCAUCAACUUCCCCUCGCGUCUGGUCCACGAGAUCAUCCGUAUGCGUCUGUCGUACGCGAAGAAGAUGAAGGAUCCGGCGCAGCAGGGCGUCUUGAUGACCGAGCAGAUGAUUUCGCAGUUCCAGAUCCUGCUCGGCGUGGCUAGCAAGAUCAAGCUGGAGUACAACGAGAUCAUCCAGCCCAAGGCCGGAUGGGAGCCCCCGCCGUGUCUCGAGGACAACUUCGAUCGCUCUGUGCUCGAGGCGCUCAAGUUCUACUUUAAGAUGCUCAACUGGAAGCUGUCGGCCAACAAGAACACCUUCAAGGAGGCUGAGAUUCUGGAGCAGGAGUGGGAGUUUUCCAACAAGCUUGGUCGAUUUCUGGAAGGCGGUGAUGUCGAGGUGGCGGAACAGUUUAGUGUGUUGACGUCAAAGUCGCUGUCCAGGCUGACGAUACACUUCGAAAAGGAGCUGCAGCGACGUCCGGAGGAGAUCUCCGGGCCCGAGAUGGAAAAGACGUACAAGGGCAUUCUGGACUCGGUCCGGGUGCGGCAGCGGAAGCUCUUUCGUUUCUUCCGUAUCCUGACGCAGCGGUUUGAGAAUUCGACAGAGUACAACAUCAACAUUCAGCAGGGUCAUAUGUCGGAGCUGAUAGAGGAGCUUGUUGCCUCGGAACAUUUACUGCUUGAGAAUACGUCUACGCCCGAGGAGAACUUUGGCACGUACAUUAUUGUAUCGCCAGCGCUGCGCGACAGACCAAAGGACAUCCAGUCGCUCCUCACGACCUGCUACCAUGCCGAAGAAAAUCCCGAGGAUCCGUCAAAUCCGUACGUUCUCAUCCUCAAAACCGAAGGGCCCUUCCUCUGGACAGGCCUCAAACUACCCACCGACGUUCGACACCCAUACCUGGAUGUGAAGCCGGGCCGUCUACGGCUCGUUGCGGAUGGCUCCCAGCAACGCCUCUCGAACGCGAACAUCACCUUCCUCCAGGCAAUCAACAUGGAACUGACGACGCUGAUUGAGCAACGCGCCAACCUGCCACGCGUCAGCCAGGAGCUGCAGAAGAUCAAGAAGACGGCCUACAAGCUGUCAAACACCAUCAUGGACAGUGUCGAGAUUGUCAGGAAGCAGACUGCCGGUCUCCAGGUCCAGGAGCUCAUCCAGACCUGCUUCACCUUUGCCACCGAGUUUGGACAGCGCUCCGUGCUCUACCUCGACCAUAACCGGCGCGCGCUGAACAAUCUCAAACUGACGAGGCUGGCUCUUGACUGGGUCAGCUUCAUCUGCGACGAUUGCAUCCCGUCGGACAGGAAGACGUUCAAGUGGGCUGUUGUGGCGCUUGAGUUUGCGAUGAUUAUGACGCGUGGUCAGAACAUCCUGUCCAUCAGCGAACAGGAGUAUGCGAAGCUGCGAUCGAAGGUUGCUGGCUGCAUGUCGCUGCUGAUAUCGCAUUUCGACAUCAUGGGCGCUCGCUCGACCAUGGCUGCGCAGCAAGAGAAGCAACGCCUCGACAGCGCCAUGGGCAAGCUCAAGCUCGACAUUAGCAGACUGAAGGAUGACGACGAGUCUGUCCGGGCAGUCAGAGAGCAAUGGAUCGAGCAGCUCGAGGAGAUUGACGAGUUCAGGAAGCAGAAGGAAGCCCAGCGCCAGGCUCUCGGUCGCGUGCUCGAGGACUCCAACGAAGCCGACCGCGCGCUCACGUACCUGUCGUCGUCGGCCACAAACGUCACGCUGCGCUGGCAGCAGGGCGCCUUUGUCGGCGGCGGCACCUUUGGCUCCGUGUACGCGGCCAUCAACCUCGACUCCGGCCAGCUGAUGGCCGUCAAGGAGAUCAGGCUGCAGGACCCGCAAGUCAUCCCCACCGUCGUCUCCCAGAUCAGAGACGAGAUGAGUGUCUUGCAGGUCCUCGACCACCCCAACAUUGUGUCGUACUAUGGGAUUGAGCCGCACCGUGACAAGGUCUAUAUCUUUAUGGAGUAUUGCUCGGGCGGCUCGCUUGCUGGCUUGCUGGAGCACGGCCGGAUUGAGGACGAGACUGUCAUUCAGGUCUAUGCGCUGCAGAUGCUGGAGGGUCUUGGAUAUCUCCAUGAGAGCGGUGUUGCGCACCGCGACAUCAAGCCUGAGAACAUCCUCCUCGACCACAACGGCGUCAUCAAAUUCGUCGACUUUGGCGCCGCAAAAGUCAUCGCCCGCCAAGGCAAGACCCUCGCCGCCGAACACACCGCAACCACGACCCGCCAGCCAGGCCGCCAGAAAUCAAUGGCCGGCGGCACACCAAUGUACAUGUCCCCGGAAGCCAUCAAGGGCAUCUCCUCGUCCAGCACCACCGCCCGCCCCGGCGCCGUCGACAUCUGGUCCCUCGGCUGCGUCAUCCUCGAAAUGGCCACGGGCCGCCGGCCCUGGGCCUCGCUCGACAACGAGUGGGCCAUCAUGUAUAAUAUCGCCCAGGGCAUGCCGCCGCAGCUGCCCACGCCCGACCAGCUUAGUGCCUCGGGCGUAGCGUUUCUGGAAUGUUGCUUUGAGAGGGAUCCGGGCAGGAGGGCUAGUGCGGCUGAGUUGUUGCAGCAUGAUUGGAUUAUGACGUUGCGCGCGCAGUUGAGUUUGGAGACGCCGCAGACGCCGCAGACGCCGAGCUCGGAUGGGGGUGGGAGUGCUGCGGGGGGUGGGGUUGGGGUUGGGAGUGUUGCGGGGAGUGCUGGUGGGUUGGGAGUGGGAUUGGCGAGUGUUUCGAGUAGUGGUGCUGGGAGUGCGGCUAGUUCGAGGCAUGGGAGUGUGUUGGAGGGGGUUAGUGAGGAUUAG